GAAGCUGAGCCCGGCUGAGUCCCACCUUCUCUGCGUGCUGGGGAGCCGUGCCCUGCGGCCCAGGUGGCCCCAAUGCCGAAGAACAGCAAGGUGACCCAGCGCGAGCACAGCAAUGAGCAUGUCACGGAGUCGGUGGCUGACCUGCUGGCCCUGGAGGAGCCAGUGGACUACAAGCAGAGCAUCCUGAACAUGGCGGGGGAGGCUGGCAGCAAGCAGAAGACAGCGGAUGAGGAGCUGGAUGCUGAGGACCGGCCAGCCUGGAACAGCAAGCUGCAGUACAUCCUGGCCCAGAUUGGCUUCUCUGUGGGCCUGGGCAACAUCUGGAGGUUCCCUUACCUGUGCCAGAAAAAUGGAGGAGGGGCCUAUCUGGUGCCUUACCUGGUGCUGCUAAUCAUCAUCGGCAUCCCCCUCUUCUUCCUGGAGCUGGCUGUAGGCCAGAGGAUCCGCCGUGGCAGCAUUGGUGUGUGGCACUACGUUUGCCCACGGCUGGGGGGCAUCGGCUUCUCCAGCUGCAUAGUCUGUCUCUUUGUCGGGCUCUACUACAACGUGAUCAUCGGGUGGAGCAUCUUCUAUUUCUUCAAGUCCUUCCAGUACCCACUGCCCUGGAGUGAAUGUCCCGUGGUCCGGAACGGGACCACAGCAGUGGUGGAGGCAGAGUGUGAGAAGAGCUCGGCCACCACCUACUUCUGGUACCGAGAGGCUCUGGACAUCUCCAACUCCAUCUCUGAGAGCGGCGGCCUCAACUGGAAGAUGACACUGUGCCUCCUCGUGGCCUGGGCCAUCGUGGGCAUGGCUGUGGUCAAAGGCAUCCAGUCUUCAGGGAAGGUGAUGUACUUCAGCUCUCUCUUCCCUUACGUGGUUCUGGCCUGCUUCCUGGUCCGUGGGUUGCUGCUUCGAGGGGCUGUGGAUGGCAUUUUGCACAUGUUCACUCCCAAGUUGGACAAGAUGCUGGACCCCCAAGUGUGGCGUGAGGCUGCUACCCAGGUCUUCUUUGCCCUGGGGCUGGGCUUUGGGGGUGUCAUCGCCUUCUCCAGCUACAACAAGCAGGACAACAACUGCCACUUUGAUGCUGCCCUGGUGUCCUUCAUCAACUUCUUCACCUCGGUGCUGGCCACCCUUGUGGUCUUUGCCGUGCUGGGCUUCAAGGCCAACAUCAUGAACGAGAAGUGUGUGGUCGAAAAUGCCGAGAAAAUCUUGGGGUACCUCAACACCAACAUCCUGAGCCGGGAUCUCAUCCCCCCCCAUGUCAACUUCUCACACCUGACCACCAAAGACUACUCAGAGAUGUACAGGGUGAUAAAGACUGUGAAGGAGGACCACUUCUCGGCCCUGGGCCUUGAUGCCUGCCUGCUGGAGGAUGAGCUGGACAAGUCCGUGCAGGGCACAGGCCUGGCCUUCAUCGCCUUCACUGAGGCUAUGACCCACUUCCCCGCUUCACCCUUCUGGUCCGUCAUGUUCUUCCUGAUGCUCAUCAACCUUGGCCUGGGCAGCAUGAUCGGGACCAUGGCAGGCAUCACCACACCCAUCAUCGACACCUUCAAGGUGCCCAAGGAGAUGUUCACAGUGGGCUGCUGUGUCUUUGCAUUCUUCGUGGGGCUGUUAUUCGUCCAGCGCUCUGGGAAUUACUUUGUCACCAUGUUUGAUGACUACUCAGCCACCCUGCCACUCACCGUUAUUGUCAUCCUCGAAAACAUCGCUGUGGCCUGGAUCUACGGGACCAAGAAAUUCAUGCAGGAACUGACAGAGAUGCUGGGCUUCCAACCCUAUCGCUUCUAUUUCUACAUGUGGAAGUUUGUGUCUCCGCUGUGCAUGGCUGUACUCACCACGGCCAGCAUCAUCCAGCUGGGGGUCACGCCCCCUGGCUACAGCGCAUGGAUCAAGGAAGAGGCAGCCGAGCGCUACCUCUACUUUCCCAACUGGGCCAUGGCACUCCUGAUCGCCCUCAUCGUGUUGGCCACCCUGCCCAUCCCCGUGGUGUUCAUCCUUCGCCACUUCCACCUGCUAUCCGACGGCUCCAACACGCUGUCUGUGUCGUACAAGAAGGGCCGCAUGAUGAAGGACAUGUCCAACCUGGAGGAAAACGACGAGACCCGCUUCAUCCUAAGCAAAGUGCCCAGCGAGGCACCCUCCCCCAUGCCCACCCACCGCUCCUACCUGGGCCCUGGCAGUGCGCCACCUUUGGACAAUAAUACCAACCCUAAUGGACGCUAUGGGAGCGGAUACCUCCUGGCCAGCACCCCAGAGUCAGAGCUGUGACUUACCCUCACCCACCUGCCUUGCCCCAGCACCC